AGCGGUGCGGGCAGGACUACCGCUUUUACACAGGCGGUGCUGAGGGCGCGCCAGAGAGCUACGUGGAGCUCCAAUACUGGCAUGAGAAUCAGGCGGGGCCCAGACAGGGACCGCCUCCCCUUUCUCCGGCCCGAGCGUUCAGGGCCUCUCUCGCCGGCGGAGAACAUUUCGCGGGCUUUCCAACCGCCCCCAAGUUCCACUCCCCCUCCCGCCCGCGGUGACUGCGCGCUUUUCGGCCCGCCCGCCAAGCUCUGCGCAGGCGCGCCGGGCAGGGGUGGGGCGCGCGACGGCGACGUUACGGGGCGGGGCGAGGCGAACCAAUCAGAGGAUUCAUUUCCGGGUGGCGCGGGCGCCAUUUUGUGAGGAGGGAUAUAAACGGGCGCUGGGGCCGGCUGCCUGCCCAGUUGCUGCUUAGGUGCGCCUAACUGCGGACCUGGCACGGUGGUCUGUCCCGCUUCCCGGCCUCUCCACGCGGAAAGCAGCUGCUAGGGCGCGGCGUCGUCCCCGGACUUGAGAAGACCGCCGCCUGCUCCCAGCGCGCGGGCCCGCCCAGGCCGUUAAGUCUCGGCGCCAGUUCGCGGGGCCCCGGGCCGCCUCGGAGCCAUGAGCUACGGCCGCCCGCCUCCCGAUGUGGAGGGCAUGACCUCCCUCAAGGUGGAUAACCUGACCUACCGCACCUCGCCGGACACGCUGAGGCGCGUCUUCGAGAAGUACGGGCGCGUGGGCGACGUGUACAUCCCGCGGGAUCGCUACACCAAGGAGUCCCGCGGCUUCGCCUUCGUGCGCUUCCACGACAAGCGCGACGCCGAGGACGCCAUGGACGCCAUGGACGGCGCCGUGCUGGACGGGCGUGAGCUGCGAGUGCAGAUGGCGCGCUACGGCCGCCCGCCCGACUCGCAUCACAGCCGCCGCGGCCCGCCGCCCCGCAGGUACGGGGGCGGCGGCUACGGCCGGCGGAGCCGCAGCCCUCGCCGCCGCCGCCGAUCACGCUCCCGGAGUCGCAGCCGUUCCCGCUCCCGCAGCCGCUCGCGCUACAGCCGCUCCAAGUCGCGCUCCCGCACGCGCUCCCGCUCGCGCUCCACCUCCAAGUCCCGCUCGGCGCGGAGGUCCAAGUCCAAGUCGUCGUCGGUGUCCCGCUCCCGCUCCCGCUCGCGAUCGCGCUCCCGCUCCCGGAGCCCGCCGCCCGUGUCCAAGAGGGAGUCCAAGUCCCGCUCGCGGUCCAAGAGCCCGCCCAAGUCUCCGGAGGAGGAGGGCGCCGUGUCCUCGUGAGCGCAUGAUGUAUCCGCAAGCAGCAUAACAGAGGACUUGGGGGAAAAGGACUACAUACUCGGUCCAUCGGUCCAUCGAAGAGUCCUUGGAACAAGCAACUGGCUGUUGAAAAGGUUAUUUUGUAACAUUUGUCUAACUUUUUACUUGUUUUAAACUUUGCCUCAGGUGGCAAACUUCAUUUUAUGUGCCAUUUUGUUGCUGUUAUUCAAAUUUCUUGUAAUUUAGUGAGGUGAACGACUUCAGAUUUCAUUAUUGGAUUGGAUAUUUGAGGUAAAAUUUCAUUUUGUUUAUAUAGUGCUGACUUUUUUUGUUUGAAAUUAAACAGAUUGGUAACCUAAUUUGUGGCCUCCUGACUUUUAAGGAAACGUGUGCAGCCAUUACACACAGCCUAAAGCUGUCAAGAGAUUGACUCAACAUUGCCUUCAUUCCUUAAAAUUAAAAACCUACAAAAGUUGGUGUAAAUUUGUUUAUAUGUUAUUUACCUUCAGACCUAAAUGGUAAUCUGAACCCAAAUUUGUAUAAAGACUUCAGGUGAAAAGACUUGAUUUUUUUUUUUUUUUAAAGGAUUGUUUACCAAACACAAUUCUAAUCUCUUCUCUUAUGUAUUUUUGUGCACUAGGCGCAGUUGUGUAGCAGUUGAGUAAUGCUGGUUAGCUGUUAAGGUGGCGUGUUGCAGUGCAGAGUGCUUGGCUGUUUCCUGUUUUCUCCUGAUUGCUCCUGUGUAAAGAUGCCUUGUCGUGCAGAAACAAAUGGCUGUCCAGUUUAUUAAAAUGCCUGACAACUGCACUUCCAGUCACCCGGGCCUUGCAUAUAAAUAACGGAGCAUACAGUGAGCACAUCUAGCUGAUGAUAAAUACACCUUUAUUCCCCUGCCCCUCUCCCCAAAAUGGUAAAUCUGAUCAUCCUCAUGUAUGAACUUAAAAUAUGGAAAAUGUUAAGGAAGCAAAUGGUUUGUAACUUUGUAAGUACUUAAAACAUGGUGUAUCUUUUUGCUUAUGAAUAUUCUGUACUAUAACCAUUGUUUCUGUAGUUUAAUUAAAAUGUUUUCUUGGUGUUAGCUUUUCUCAGAAUAUGUCUUGGUCUUUUUUCACCCAUUUAUCUGAAAGACCUAUGCAAUUAUGUCAUUGGCUGUAUAGUAUUAAAGUGGAAUGUUUAGCACCUGCCUUUCCCACACACAAAGAUGUUGGAAAUGUCAGUUGAACACCUAAAACCAGUGUUUAAGGUAGCUCUUUGAGAUUGAGUACCCCAUUCCCUUCCUAAUUUAUGCCAUGUUAAUGAAUAAGAACCAGACCUUCAUCUUGCAUAGGUGUUUUUUAAUUCUUUUCAUGAUUAUGUUGCCUGUAAGUUGUCUAGGUGACACAUCACAAUCUUAAAGGCCAACAGAUUUGACCAUCUUCAAGCCCACUGCAUUUUUCUCAAGACGCUGAAUGAAGUAGCCUGAUGCUAGUUGCCAGGUUGCUAAUCAAAUUGACAUGGUCCCAGAACAACUUGUAGGCUUAACUCAGAGACUGUCCUUUGCAAAGGAGAUGACCAGCAUUUCAACAGUAUGUCUUCCUGGAAGUGCAGAUUCUGCUAUACCAUCUUUGUCUGCAUCAAAAGACUCCAGAGGAAUAUGGACACAUUUCAUAUCCCACUUGUAGAGCAAAGCUUCAAGUGACCAGUCAGCACUAGAAGAAAUAAAUUGUUUUUAAAGUUUA